CAAGAGCCGGGAGCCGCCCGGGCGCGGCCACUCCGCACGGACCGAGCCGCCGGGGCCGCUCCGGUACCGGCACCGGCACCGCCAUGGCCCGGCCCGGCCGCUGAGCCCGCAGCGCGCAGGCCGGGAGGUGUCACCGGAGCCGCCGCGAGGUUCCCGAGCGAGGCCCGAGGAUUCCGGGGGCGGAUCCGGGAGCGGCACCGGGACCCGCCGAGAUGGAGCCCGAGGAGACGCGGGAGCUGCUCCUGCCCAGCUGGACGGGCAGCGGCUCCCACGGCAUCACCAUCGCCCAGACCGACGACGGCGUCUUCGUGCGCCGCGUGCAGCAGAACUCGCCCGCCGCGCGCAUGGGCGUGGUGCAGGAAGGGGAUCAGAUCGUCGGCGCCACCGUUUACUUUGACAAGCUGCAGUCGGGGGAGGCGGCGCAGCUGCUGCAGAGCCUGGGGCAGCACACGCUGGGGCUGCGGCUGCAGCGGCGCGGGGACCGCUCGCCCACGGCCGGACACGGCUGCGGCCACUCCGGACACGGCUGCGGCCAGCUGGAGCUGGUGCCCGGCAGCCCCGAGGUCGUGCUGAGCGGCGAUGACGAGGAGUACCGGCGCAUCUACACCACCAAGAUCAAACCGCGGCUCAGGCCCGAGGAGGGCGCAGAGGCCGAGGCCACGCAGAGCAGAACCAUCACGGUCACCCGCAGGGUCACCGCCUACACCGUGGACGUCUCCGGCCACGACGGUGACCUCGAUGUCCGGGCGGGGCCGGGCCACCUGCCCGCAACACCCGAGGGGCUUCACCUGAGCCAAAUUCCUGCUGGAGAAACUGGAAAAUCCCUGCCGGGCUGGAAGGGCGCCGCGGCCUCGCCGCGGGUGGAGGCCAACGGACAGUUCGGAGAGCUGGACGGGUCACUGCACGUGGCCGAAGGGGCUCCGUGUCCCCACGGAGAGCUCAGCGGCCCCUCCUCAGUGGACGCGGGGAAAAUCAAGAUCCCGACGUUAAAAAUCCCCAAAUUCGGGUUCCAGGCUGGCGGAGAAGCUCCGGCCCCGCAGGUGGACGCUGGGAUGGACGUCACCUGCUCGUCCACGCCGGUGCCACAGGUGGACGUGGCGGUCAAAGGCGCCACCAAGGUCCCCUCCCCUGCCCUGGACGUGCCCAGCGUGGAGGUCCCAGCCCCGGAUGGCACCAAGGGGAAAAUCAAAAUCCCGCACUUGACCUUCCCCAAAUUCACCGCCCAGGGUGACGGCGGCGCCACCGUGGAUGUCCCCAAGGGCGGGGCCGGCCCCGAGGUGGCCCUGGAAGGAGAAUGGAAAGGCCCCACCUUCAAGAAGGUGGAAACGCCCCAAAUUUCGCUGUCGGACGUGAACCUGAACCUGAGGGGCCCCCGAGGGGAAGGGGACCCCAAGGGGCCCCAGGUGGACCUGAAGGGGCCCCAGGUGGACGUGGCCGGGCCUGGCGCUGGCCUGAAGGGCGUGGAGGUGGACGUGGGCGUGAAGGGGCUGAAGGGAGCAGUGGACGCGUCCGUGCCCGCCCUGGGGGGCGAAUUGAGGGGGCCACAGCUGGACCUUAAAGGGCCCCAGAUUGGGGGGCAGGUGCCCGAGAUGGGCGCCAAGACCCCCCAAAUGUCCGUGCCCGACGUCGACCUGAGCCUCAGGGGGCCUGCAGUGAAGGGAAAUGUGGAUGUUUCUGCCCCAAAACUGGAAGGGGAGCUGAAGAGCCCCGGGCUGGAGGUCAAAGGCCCCAAAGUGGAGGUGGGGAGCCCAGAAAUGGAGAUCCCGGGGCCCGAGGGGAAGCUGAGGUUCCCCAAGCUGAAAAUGCCCAAAUUUGGGGUGAAGGGAGAGAGCCCCAGCGUCGAGGUGACCCUUCCCAAAGGGGGGCUGGACGUCUCCUGCCCCAAGGUGGACGUCGGCGUCCCGAGCGUGGACAUCAAGGGCCCCAAGGUGGACGUUGAAGCGCCCGAAGUGGACGUGCACGGCCCCGAGGGGAAAUUCAGGAUGCCCAAGUUCAAAAUGCCCAAAUUUGGGAUGCCUGGGGUCAAGGCAGAGGGUCCGGAGCUGGACGUGAACCUCCCAAAGGGCGGCGUGGAGGUGUCCGGCCCCAAGGUGGACGUUGAGGUGCCGAGUUUGGACAUCCAGGCCCCCAAAAUAUCCGUGCCGGACGUUGAGCUGACCCUGAACGGUGCCAAGGCCAGCGGUGACCUGGACGUGUCCGUGCCGGGUUUGAAGGGCCCCGAGCUGGACAUCAAAGGCCCCAAAGUCAAGGUUGAAGCGCCAGAUUUGGAUGUCCAAGGCCCCGAGGGCAAACUGAGGUUCCCCAAGAUGAAAAUGCCCAAAUUUGGGGUGAAGGGAGAGAGCCCCGAGCUCGAGGUGACCCUUCCCAAGGGCGGAGUGGACGUUUCGGGUCCCAGCGUCGCCGUCGAGGUCCCCGGCAUGGACCUGAAGGGCCCCAAGGUGAAGGUGCCCGAGGUGGGCAUCAAAACGCCCCAGAUCUCCAUGCCCGACAUCGACCUGAGCCUCAAAGGGCCCAAAGCCAAGGCAGAUUUGGACGUUUCCACCCCAAAACUGGAAGGGGAGCUGAAAACGCCCGGGCUGGACAUCAAAGGCCCCAAAGUCGAGGUUGAGGCGCCAGAUUUGGAUGUCCAAGGCCCUGAGGGCAAACUGAAGUUCCCCAAGAUGAAAAUGCCCAAAUUUGGGGUGAAGGGAGAGAGCCCCGAGCUGGAGGUGACGCUCCCCAAGGGGGAGGUGGACAUUUCUGCCCCCAAGGUGGACAUCGACGUCCCCGGCGUGGACGUGGAAGCGCCGGAGGUCAAAGGGAAAGGCCUCAAGUUCAAAAUGCCCGAACUCAACGUUCAGACCCCAAAACUCUCCAUGCCCGACGUGGAUCUGGGCUUGAAGGCCCCGAAACUCAAAGGGGACCUCGGAAUUUCUGGGCUGAAGGGCCCGAAAAUCGACGUGAAGGGCCCCAAGGUGGACGCGGAAAGUGCCAAAAUCGACGUGAAAGUUCCCAAAAUCGACGUGGAAGGUCCCAGGUUGGAUGUGGAAGGUCCCAAGGUGGACGUGGAAGGUCCCAAGGUGGAUGUGGACGUGCCUGAGGUGGACUUGGAGUGUCCGGAAGGGAAGAUGAAAGGCCCCAAAUUCAAGAUGCCCAAACUCAACAUCAAAUCCCCCAAAAUCUCGAUGCCUGACGUGGAUUUGAACCUGAAGGGACACAGGGGGAAGGGAGAGGUGGACGUGUCCCUCCCCAAGGUCGAAGGUGACCUCAAGGGGCCGAAGGUGGACGUGGAGGUCCCGGAUGUCCACCUGGAGGGUCCAGAGGCCAAACUGAAAAUGCCCAAGAUGAAAUUGCCUCAUUUCAACGUGUCCGGACCCAAAAUGGAGGGGCCCGAGGUGGACGUGACCCUGCCCAAAGGAGAGGUGGACGUCUCGGGGCCGGAGGUGGACAUUGAGGGGCCAGAGGUGGACGUUGGAGGAGCGGAAGGGAAGUGGAAAGGUCCCAAAUUCCGGAUGCCCAAACUCAACAUCAAAUCCCCCAAAAUCUCGAUGCCGGACGUGGAUCUGAACCUGAAGGGACCCAAAGCGAAGGGAGAGGUGGACGUGUCCCUCCCCAAGGUGGAAGGGGACUUGAAGGCUCCAGAACUGGACGUUAAAGGGCCCAAAGUGGACGUUGAGGUGCCCGGCCUGGAUUUGGAGGGGCCCGAGGGGAAGAUCAAAGGGCCCAAGUUCAAGAUGCCCGAGAUGCACAUCAAGACCCAGAAGAUCUCCAUGCCCGACGUGGACAUCAACCUCAAAGGCCCCAAGGUCAAGGGCGACGUGGACAUGUCCCUGCCGAAGCUCGAGGGUGACCUGAAGGGGCCUGAACUGGACAUCAAGGGCCCCAAAGUGGACGUUGAGGCACCUGACGUGGACAUUCAUGGGCCUGAGGGGAAAUUCAAGAUGCCCAAAUUCAAAAUGCCCAAAUUUGGGAUGCCCGGGGUGAAGGCAGAAGGUCCUGAGGUGGACGUGAGCCUCCCAAAAGGAAACCUGGACGUGUCCGGCCCCAAGGUGGACAUUGAAGGGCCAGAGGUGGACAUUGAGGGCCCUGAGGGGAAGAUCAAAGGCCCCAAGUUCAAGAUGCCCGAGAUGCACAUCAAGGCCCCCAAGAUCUCCAUGCCCGAUGUUGAUUUCAACCCGAAGGGCCCCAAACUGAAGGGGGACAUCGAUGUUUCUGCUCCAAAGCUGGAGGGUGACCUGAAAGCCCCAGAGAUUGACAUCAAGGGCCCCAAAGUGGACGUUGAUGUGCCCGACGUGGACAUUCACGGCCCUGAGGGGAAAUUCAAGAUGCCCAAGUUCAAGAUGCCCAAAUUUGGGCUGAAGGGAGAAGGCCCCGAGGUGGACGUGAACCUCCCAAAAGGAGACCUGGAUGUGUCCGGCCCCAAGGUGGACAUUGAAGGGCCAGAGGUGGACAUUGAUCUCCCAGAGGGGAAGGUGAAGGGCCCCAAGUUCAAGAUGCCCGAGAUGCAUUUUAAGACGCCCAAGAUCUCCAUGCCUGACAUCGACCUCAACCUCAAAGGGCCCAAAUUAAAGGGAGAUGUCGAUGUUUCCCUUCCAAAAGUUGAAGGAGACCUGAAGGGUCCCGAAGUUGACAUCAAGGGCCCCAAAGUCGAUGUUGACCUGCCCAAUGUUGAUCUGGAAGGUCCCGAGGGGAAGAUCAAAGGCCCCAAGUUCAAGAUGCCCGAGAUGCACAUCAAGGCCCCCAAGAUCUCCAUGCCCGAUGUUGAUUUCAACCUGAAGGGCCCCAAAAUCAAGGGAGACAUCGAUGUUUCUGCUCCAAAGCUGGAGGGUGACCUGAAAGCCCCAGAGAUUGACAUCAAAGGCCCCAAAGUGGACGUUGAUGUGCCCGACGUGGACAUUCACGGCCCUGAGGGGAAAUUCAAGAUGCCCAAGUUCAAGAUGCCCAAAUUUGGGCUGAAGGGAGAAGGCCCCGAGGUGGACGUGAACCUCCCAAAAGGAGACCUGGACGUGUCCGGCCCCAAGGUGGACGUUGAGAUGCCGAGUGUGGACAUUGAGGGGCCUGAGGGGAAGAUCAAAGGCCCCAAGUUCAAGAUGCCCGAGAUGAACAUCAAAGCCCCCAAGAUCUCCAUGCCCGACAUCGACCUGAACCUGAAGGGCCCCAAGGUCAAGGGGGGCGUUGAUGUCUCCAUCCCCAAAUUGGAAGGUGACCUGAAGGGGCCUGAACUGGAUAUCAAAGGCCCCAAAGUGGACAUUGAAACCCCAGACGUGGACAUUCAUGGUCCAGAAGGGAAAUUCAAGAUGCCCAAAUUCAAAAUGCCCAAAUUUGGGAUGCCUGGGGUGAAGGCAGAAGGUCCCGAGGUGGACGUGAACCUCCCGACAGGAAACCUGGACGUGUCCGGCCCCAAGGUGGACAUUGAAGGGCCAGAGGUGGACAUUGAUCUCCCCGAGGGGAAGAUCAAAGGCCCCAAGUUCAAGAUGCCCGAGAUGCACAUCAAGGCCCCCAAGAUCUCCAUGCCCGACAUCGACCUCAACCUAAAAGGCCCCAAAUUAAAGGGGGGCGUCGAUGUCUCCGUCCCCAAAUUGGAGGGCGACCUGAAAGGUCCGGAUGUGAACAUUAAAGGUCCCAAGGUGGAUGUGGACGUUCCUGAGGUGGACGUUGAAGGGCCCGAGGGGAAGUGGAAGGGACCCAAGCUCAAGAUGCCUGAGAUGAACAUCAAGGCGCCGAAAUUUUCUCUGCCUGAUGUCGACCUGAACCUGAAAGGUCCCAAAGUGAAGGGAGACGUGGGCGUGUCUGCCCCGAAAAUAGAAGGUGACGUGAAAGUGCCGGAUGUGGAGUUGAAAGGACCCAAAGUGGACGUGGAUGUCCCCGAUGUGGAGCUGGAGGGCCCCGAGGGGAAGAUCAAAGGGCCCAAGUUCAAGAUGCCCGAGAUGCACAUCAAGGCCCCCAAGAUCUCCAUGCCCGACUUUGAUCUCAACCUGAAGGGCCCCAAAGUGAAGGGGGACGUUGAUGUGUCCGUCCCGAGAAUUGAGGGAGAUUUGAAGGCCCCAGAUGUUGACAUCAAAGGCCCCAAGGUCGAUGUGGAGCUCCCCGAUGUGGAGCUGGAGUGUCCUGAGGGGAAGAUCAAAGGGCCCAAGUUCAAGAUGCCCGAGAUGCACUUCAAAACCCCCAAAAUCUCCAUGCCCGACAUCGACCUCAACCUGAAGGGCCCCAAACUGAAGGGAGAUUUGGACAUUUCUGCCCCAAAACUGGAAGGUGACCUGAAGGGCCCAGACGUCGACAUCAAAGGGCCCAAGGUGGACAUCGAGGCUCCCGACGUGGACAUUGACCUCCCCGAGGGGAAGGUGAAGGGCCCCAAGUUCAAGAUGCCUGAGAUGCACAUCAAGGCCCCCAAGAUCUCCAUGCCCGACUUUGAUCUGAACCUGAAGGGGCCCAAGGUCAAGGGGGACGUGGACGUGUCCGUGCCGAAGCUCGAAGGGGACCUGAAAGGGCCGGAGGUGUCACUGAAAGGUCCAAAAGUAGACGUGGAUGUUCCUGAUGUGGAGCUGGAGUGUCCAGAAGGGAAGAUCAAAGGCCCCAAGUUCAAGAUGCCCGAGAUGCACUUCAAGGCCCCCAAGAUCUCCAUGCCCGACUUUGAUCUCAGCCUGAAGGGCCCCAAGGUCAAGGGCGACGUCGAUGUCUCUGCUCCCAAGCUGGAAGGGGAUCUGAAGGGUCCUGACCUGGACGUCAAAGGCCCCAAAGUUGAUGUCGACCUCCCCGACGUUGACCUGGAGUGUCCUGAGGGGAAACUGAAGGGCCCCAAGUUCAAGAUGCCCGAGAUGCACAUCAAGGCCCCCAAGAUCUCCAUGCCCGACAUCGACCUCAACCUGAAGGGCCCCAAAUUGAAGGGAGACGUCGAUGUCUCCGUUCCAAAGCUGGAGGGUGACCUGAAAGCCCCAGACAUCGACAUCAAAGGCCCCAAAGUCAAUGUGGACCUCCCUGACAUGGAGCUGGAAUGUCCCGAGGGGAAGAUCAAAGGCCCCAAGUUCAAGAUGCCCGAGAUGCACAUCAAGGCCCCCAAGAUCUCCAUGCCCGAUGUUGACUUCAACCUCAAAGGCCCCAAAGUCAAGGGUGAUGUGGACGUGUCCCUGCCAAAGCUGGAGGGAGACCUGAAAGCCCCAGAGAUUGACAUCAAGGGCCCCAAAGUGGACGUUGAUGUGCCCGACGUGGACAUUCACGGCCCUGAGGGGAAAUUCAAGAUGCCCAAAUUCAAGAUGCCCAAAUUUGGGCUGAAGGGAGAAGGCCCCGAGGUGGACGUGAACCUCCCAAAAGGAGACCUGGAUGUGUCCGGCCCCAAGGUGGACAUUGAAGGGCCAGAGGUGGACAUUGAUCUGCCAGAGGGGAAGGUGAAGGGCCCCAAGUUCAAGAUGCCCGAGAUGCAUUUUAAGACCCCCAAGAUCUCCAUGCCCGACAUCGACCUCAACCUGAAAGGCCCCAAAGUCAAGGGCGAUGUCGAUGUUUCCCUUCCAAAAGUGGAAGGUGACCUCAAGGGCCCUGAACUGGACAUCAAAGGCCCCAAAGUCAAUGUGGACCUGCCCGAUGUUGAUCUGGAAGGUCCCGAGGGGAAGAUCAAAGGCCCCAAGUUCAAGAUGCCCGAGAUGCACAUCAAGGCCCCCAAGUUCUCCAUGCCCGAUGUUGACUUCAGCUUGAAAGGCCCCAAGGUCAAGGGCGACGUGGACGUGUCCCUGCCAAAGCUGGAGGGAGACCUGAAGGGUCCUGAACUGGACAUCAAGGGCCCCAAAGUGGACAUUGUAGCACCUGACGUGGACAUUCAUGGCCCAGAAGGGAAAAUAAAGUUCCCCAAGUUCAAAAUGCCCAAAUUUGGUAUGCCGGUGAAGGCAGAAGGCCCCGAGGUGGACGUGAACCUCCCGACAGGAAACCUGGACGUGUCCGGCCCCAAGGUGGACAUUGAAGGGCCAGAGGUGGACAUUGAGGGCCCUGAGGGGAAGAUCAAAGGCCCCAAGUUCAAGAUGCCCGAGAUGCACAUCAAGGCCCCCAAGAUCUCCAUGCCCGACGUUGACUUCAACCUGAAGGGCCCCAAACUGAAGGGGGACAUCGAUGUUUCUGCUCCAAAGCUGGAGGGUGACCUGAAAGCCCCAGAGAUUGACAUCAAGGGCCCCAAAGUCGAUGUGGACCUGCCUGAUGUUGAUCUGGAAUGUCCCGAGGGGAAGAUCAAAGGCCCCAAGUUCAAGAUGCCCGAGAUGCACAUCAAGGCCCCCAAGUUCUCCAUGCCCGACGUCGAUUUCAGCCUCAAGGGCCCCAAAGUCAAAGGUGACAUUGACGUCUCUGUCCCCAAGGUGGAAGGUGACCUGAAAGGCCCCGAAAUCGACAUCAAGGGCCCCAAAGUGGACGUUGAUGUGCCCGACGUGGACAUUCACGGCCCAGAAGGAAAAAUAAAGUUCCCCAAGUUCAAAAUGCCCAAAUUUGGGAUGCCCGGGGUCAAGGCAGAAGGCCCCGAGGUGGACGUGAACCUCCCAACAGGAAACCUGGACGUGUCCGGCCCCAAGGUGGACAUUGAAGGGCCAGAGGUGGACAUUGAGGGCCCUGAGGGGAAGGUCAAAGGCCCCAAGUUCAAGAUGCCCGAGAUGCACAUCAAGGCCCCCAAGAUCUCCAUGCCCGACGUUGACUUCAACCUGAAGGGCCCCAAACUGAAGGGGGACGUUGAUGUUUCUGUUCCCAAACUCGAGGGUGACCUGAAAGCCCCAGACAUCGACAUCAAGGGCCCCAAAGUCGAUGUUGACCUGCCCGAUGUGGAGUUGGAAGGGCCCGAGGGGAAGAUCAAAGGCCCCAAGUUCAAGAUGCCCGAGAUGCACAUCAAGGCCCCCAAGAUCUCCAUGCCCGACGUUGAUUUCAGCCUGAAGGGCCCCAAAUUGAAGGGCGAUGUCGAUGUCUCUGUCCCUAAACUGGAGGGUGACCUGAAGGGCCCAGAACUGGACAUCAAGGGCCCCAAAGUGGACAUUGAGGCACCUGACAUGGACAUCCACGGCCCAGAAGGGAAAAUCAAAAUGCCCAAAUUCAAGAUGCCCAAAUUCGGCUUUUCUGGGCCCAAAGUGGAAGGCCCCGAGGUGGACGUGAACCUCCCUGAGGCCGAGGUCGACAUUUCGGGUCCGAAAGUCGAUGUUUCUGUCCCCGAGCUGGACGUGGAAGGCCCCGAGGGGAAACUGAAGGGCCCCAAGCUGAAGAAGCCGGAGCUGCAGUUCAACGUCCCCAAGAUCUCCAUGCCCGACAUCGACCUGAACCUCAAGAGCCCCAGAAUGAAAGGUGACCUCGAUGCUUCUCUGCCCAAGGUGGAGGGCGAGCUGAAGGGCCCCAGAGUGGACAUCAAGGGGCCGGAGCUUGAGCUGGAGGGGCCCAAGGUGGACCUGGAAGGAAAAGGUAAAAAAUCCAGGUUUAAACUUCCCAAGUUUGGCUUUUCUGGCCCAAAAGUUCAAAGCCCCGAGGUGGAUGUGAAGGUUAAAAAACCUGAGGUGGAACUGUCCGGCCCGAAAGUCGAGGUCCAGGCUCCGGAUUUGGACAUCCAGGGAAAAUCCAAGGGCUCCAAAUUCAAAAUGCCUUUUCUGAACAUUUCUUCACCCAAAAUGUCGAUGCCGGACGUGGAGCUGAACCUGAAGGGGCACAAAAUGAAGGGCGAGUUUGACCUGUCCACCCCCAAACUGGAAGGGGAGCUGAAAGGUCCUGAGGUGGACAUCAAAGGCCCCAAGGUCAACAUCGAGGCCCCCGACGUGGACAUUCACGGCCCGGAGGGGAAAAUCAAAAUGCCCAAGUUCAAAAUGCCCAAAUUUGGUGUUCCUGGGUUUAAAGGGGAGGGGCCAGAGGUGGACGUGAACCUGCCCACAGGAGAACUGGACGUGUCCAGCCCUAAAGUGGACAUUGAAGGUCCGGAGGUGGACAUUGAGGGGCCCGAGGGGAAGAUCAAAGGCCCCAAGUUCAAGAUGCCCGAGAUGCACAUCAAGGCCCCCAAGAUCUCCAUGCCCGACAUUGACCUGAACCUGAAGGGGCCCAAGGUCAAGGGGGACGUGGACGUGUCCCUGCCCCAGGUGGACCUGAAGGGACCCAAGGUGGACGUGGAAGUUCCCGACGUCGACGUCGAGGGUCCGAAAGGGAAAAUCAAAGGCCCCAAAUUCAAAAUGCCCGAGAUGAACAUCAAAGCUCCCAACCUGUCCAUGCCAGACCUGGACCUCAACCUGAAAGGUCCCAAGGUCAAAGGGGGGGUGGACGUCGACCUGUCCGCACCAAAAAUCGAGGGGGACCUGAACUUGCCGGACGUGGACAUCAAAGGCCCCAAGGUGGACAUUGAAGGGCCAGAGGUGGACAUUGAGGGCCCUGAGGGGAAGAUCAAAGGCCCCAAGUUCAAGAUGCCCGAGAUGCACAUCAAGGCCCCCAAGAUCUCUAUGCCUGAUGUCGAUUUCAACCUGAAGGGCCCCAAACUGAAGGGGGACAUCGAUGUUUCUGCUCCAAAGCUGGAGGGUGACCUGAAAGCCCCAGAGAUUGACAUCAAAGGGCCCCAAAGUGGACGUUGAUGUGCAGACGUGGACAUUCACGGCCCUGAGGGGAAAUUCAAGAUGCCCAAAUUCAAGAUGCCCAAAUUUGGGCUGAAGGGAGAAGGCCCCGAGGUGGACGUGAACCUCCCAAAAGGAGACCUGGAUGUGUCCGGCCCCAAGGUGGACAUUGAAGGCCCAGAGGUGGACAUUGAUCUGCCAGAGGGGAAGGUGAAGGGCCCCAAGUUCAAGAUGCCCGAGAUGCAUUUUAAGACGCCCAAGAUCUCCAUGCCUGACAUCGACCUCAACCUGAAAGGCCCCAAACUGAAGGGGGACAUCGAUGUUCCCAUGCCCGACUUGGACUUAACCUGAAGGGCCCCAAAGUGAGAACGUGCAAAGGUCGAGGUGGACGUGAAAGGCCCCGAAUUUGAUGUUUCUGCCCCAGAUGUUCAAAUUGAAGGCCCCGAGGGGAAGAUCAAAGGCCCCAAGUUCAAGAUGCCCGAGAUGCACAUCAAGGCCCCCAAGAUCUCCAUGCCCGACUUUGAUCUCAACCUGAAGGGCCCCAAAGUGAAGGGAGAUGUUGAUGUCUCUGUCCCCAAAGUGGAAGGGGACCUGAAAGCCCCAGACAUCGACAUCAAGGGCCCCAAAGUCGAUGUUGAUCUCCCCGACGUGGAGCUGGAAGGUCCUGAGGGGAAGAUCAAAGGCCCCAAGUUCAAGAUGCCCGAGAUGCACAUCAAGGCCCCCAAGAUCUCCAUGCCCGAUGUUGACUUCAACCUCAAAGGCCCCAAAGUCAAGGGUGAUGUGGACGUGUCCCUGCCAAAGCUGGAGGGUGACCUGAAAGCCCCAGAGAUUGACAUCAAAGGCCCCAAAGUGGACGUUGAUGUGCCAGACGUGGACAUUCACGGCCCUGAGGGGAAAUUCAAGAUGCCCAAGUUCAAGAUGCCCAAAUUUGGGCUGAAGGGAGAAGGCCCCGAGGUGGACGUGAACCUCCCAAAAGGAGACCUGGACGUGUCCGGCCCCAAGGUGGACAUUGAAGGGCCAGAGGUGGACAUUGAUCUCCCAGAGGGGAAGGUGAAGGGCCCCAAGUUCAAGAUGCCCGAGAUGCAUUUUAAGACCCCCAAGAUCUCCAUGCCUGACAUCGACCUCAACCUGAAAGGGCCCAAAUUAAAGGGAGAUGUCGAUGUUUCCCUUCCCAAAGUUGAAGGAGACCUGAAGGGUCCCGAAGUUGACAUCAAGGGCCCCAAAGUCGAUGUUGAUCUCCCUGAUGUGGAGCUGGAAGGUCCUGAGGGGAAGAUCAAAGGCCCCAAGUUCAAGAUGCCCGAGAUGCACAUCAAGGCCCCCAAGAUCUCCAUGCCCGAUGUUGAUUUCAACCUGAAGGGCCCCAAACUGAAGGGGGACAUCGAUGUUUCUGCUCCAAAGCUGGAGGGAGACCUGAAGGGCCCCGAAAUCGACAUCAAGGGCCCCAAAGUGGACGUUGAUGUGCCAGAUGUGGACAUUCACGGCCCUGAGGGGAAAAUCAAAAUGCCCAAGUUCAAGAUGCCCAAAUUUGGCUUUUCUGGUCCAAAAGUGGAAGGCCCCGAGGUGGACGUGAACCUCCCAACAGGAAACCUGGACGUGUCCGGCCCCAAGGUGGACAUUGAAGGUCCCGACGUGGACAUUGAUCUCCCAGAGGGGAAGAUCAAAGGCCCCAAGUUCAAGAUGCCCGAGAUGCACAUCAAGGCCCCCAAAAUCUCCAUGCCCGACAUCGACCUGAACCUGAAGGGCCCCAGGGUCAAGGGCGACGUGGACGUGUCCCUGCCCAGCGUGGAGGGGGAGCUGAAAGGUCCCGAGGUCAACGUCACCGGCCCUGAGGUCUCCAUGGACAGCCCCGAGGGCAAAUUCAAACUGCCCAAGUUCAAGAUGCCCAAAUUCUCCAUGCCUGGCUUCAAGGGGGACGGGGUGGACGCUGAGCUGACCCUCCCCAAGGGCGACGUGGCCAUUUCGGGCCCCAGCGUGGACCUGGAGGCUCCGGAGCUGAGCGUGGACGGGAAAGUCAAAGGUCCCAAAUUUUCCAUGCCCGAGAUGCACAUCAAAGCCCCCAAGAUCUCCAUGCCCGAUGUGGAUUUCAACCUCAAAGGCCCCAAACUGAAGGGGGACAUUGAUGUUUCUGUUCCCAAACUCGAGGGUGACCUGAAAGCCCCAGACAUGGACAUCAAAGGCGCCAAAGUCGAUGUUGAUCUCCCCAACGUGGAGCUGGAAGGGCCCGAGGGGAAGAUCAAAGGCCCCAAGUUCAAGAUGCCCGAGAUGCACAUCAAGGCCCCCAAGAUCUCCAUGCCUGACGUUGAUUUCAACCUGAAGGGCCCCAAAGUGAAGGGUGACAUCGAUGUUUCUGCUCCAAAGCUCGAGGGUGACCUGAAGGGGCCUGAACUGGACAUCAAGGGCCCCAAAGUGGACAUUGAGGCACCUGACGUGGACAUCCAUGGUCCAGAAGGGAAAUUCAAGAUGCCCAAAUUCAAAAUGCCCAAAUUUGGGAUGCCUGGGGUGAAGGCAGAAGGUCCUGAGGUGGACGUGAGCCUCCCGACAGGAAACCUGGACGUGUCCGGCCCCAGGGUGGAUAUUGAAGGGCCAGAGGUGGACAUUGAGGGGCCCGAGGGGAAGAUCAAAGGCCCCAAGUUCAAGAUGCCCGAGAUGCACAUCAAGGCCCCCAAGAUCUCCAUGCCUGACUUGGAUUUCAACCUGAAGGGCCCCAAGGUCAAGGGGGACAUUGAUGUUUCUGCCCCCAAGCUGGAGGGGAACCUGCAGUGCCCAGAUGUCGACCUCAAGGGCCCCAGGGUGGACAUUCAGGCGCCGGACGUGACCCUGGAAGGGCCCAAGGUGAAGAUGCCCGAAAUUCAGGUGAAAACCCCCCAGAUCUCCAUGCCGGACAUCGACCUGAGCCUGAAGGGGCUGAAGGUCAAAGGUGACGCUGACCUGCACGGCCCCAAGCUCCAGGGGGGUCUCAAGGGCCCCGAGGUCGACAUCAAAGGCCCCGGAGUGGACAUCGAGGGCCCGGCGGUCGACGUCGAUGGUCUGGAGGGGAAGGUGAAGCUGCCCAAAAUGAAAAUGCCCAAAUUUGGCCUGAAGGGCGAAGGCCCCGAGGUGGACGUGAACUUGCCGAAGGCCGAGGUGGAUCUGUCUGGGCCCAAGGUUGAUCUCAGCCUGCCAGAGGUCAACGUUGAAGGGCCGGAGGGCAAAGUGAAGGGGCCUAAACUGAAAAUGCCCGAAAUGCACGUGAACGUCCCCAAAAUCUCCAUGCCUGAGAUAGACUUGAACCUGAAAGGCCACAAAACCAAGGGCGGCUUUGACAUUUCCACGCCGAAGGUGGAAGGGCACCUGAAAGGCCCCGAGGUCGACCUCAAAGGCCCAGAAUUUGGGGUCAAAGGCCCAGAAUUCGGGGUCAAAGGCCCCGAAGUUGACGUUGAAUGUCCCGACGUGAACGUCGAGGUCCCGGAAGCCAACAUCAAAGCUCCCAAGUUCAAAAAGUCCAAGUUUGGGUUCGGGAUGAAGAGCCCCAAGGCCGAGGUGGAUUUACCUGAGGCGGAGCUGAACGUGGAGUCACCCGAGGCCCACCUGUCCGCGAAGGGCAAGAAGAGCAAGUUCAAGAUGCCCAAAAUCCACGUGAGCGGCCCCAAAGUGAAGGGCAAGAAGGGGGUGUUUGAGGUGAGCGCGGCGGGGGCCGAGCCGGACGCGGAGCUCGGCGCCGCCGGCCCCGACGUCGCCGUGGGUGGGAACGCCGCCGUGAAGUCCCCCAAGGGCAAGAAGCCCAUGUUUGGGAAGAUCUCCUUCCCGGACGUGGAAUUCGACCUGAAAUCGCACAAAUUCCGCGGGGAGGCCUCGGCGGGGGCCCCGAAAGCCGAGGGCGACCUGGAGGUCAAGGGCGACCUCAGCGUGGGUGGGGAAGGCCCCGAGGUGAACCUGAAGAGCCCAAAGUUGAAACUGCCCGGGGUCCAGGUGGGCGCGGGGGACGCCAAGGUCGGGGGGGAGCUGAAGGGACCCCCCGGCAUCGGUGUCGAGCUGAAAGGACCAAAAGUGAAAGGUGAGGCCGGCGUGGGCGGAGCGCAACUGGAAGGUCCCGAGGUCAACCUGGGGUGGCCCAAGGGGGGCAGGACGGGUCUGGGGCUGGAAAUGCCGGACGUGAGCUCGGAGGUGGACGUGAAGCUCAAAGGGCCCCACGUCUCCGGAGCUGAGCUGGAGGGAAACCUGAAAGGACCAAAAUUAAAGGGAGGUUUGGACAUUUCAGGCUCCGUGGAGGGGCCUGGAGUGGGCCUGGACCUCGGCGGCCUCGGGGGCAAGGUGAAGCUGCCCACGGUGAAGACCCCGACUCUGGAGGUCCAGGGGGGCGUCCCCUGCUCCGGUCCAGCCCCGGGGGCCGGCCUGGACCUCCAGGGGCCCUCGCCGGACGUGUCCGGCCUGGAUGUGGAUGUCAACACGAAAGGACCAAAGCUGAAGGGAGAGGUCGGUGUCCAACCCCCCCAGGGGUCAGUGGACGACGGCGGCUUUGAGAUUUUGGGGGGCACCAUCAAGCUGCCGUCGCUGAAGCUGCCCCAGUUCAGCCUCUCCAGCCCCGGAGGGGAUGCGGGGGUCACCCUGGAGGGCGCCCAGGUCCAGGGGGGGCUGGAGGGCCCCGAGCUGGAGCUGAAAGGGCCGAAGUUCUCCUCGCCCAACGCCGACCUGAGGCUGAAAGGACCAAACGUGGACGUGACCGGUGACAUCAGAGGGUCAAAGGUCAGCGUGGACGCCCCUCAAGGAGGGGUCAACGUCCACCUGGAGGCUCCGGCCAUGGAAGUGUCCGGCUCGGGGUUCAACCUCAAUGUGAAGGGGCCGAAGGUCAAAGGUGGGGCUGAGGCGGCGCCGCUGUCGGUCAGCGCCGCUUCCGGAACCUUCCACGCCUCCUGCCCCAGGCUGGGCGCCGAGGGCGGCCAGGUCAAGGUGUCCUUCCCCAAGCUCCGCAUGCCCAAAUUCGUCUUCUCGGAGCCCGAGCCCAGGGGCCGCGAGGUCGGCGUGGACGUCGAGUUCCCCGAGGCCGAGCCGGACGAGGCCGAGGCGCGGCUCAAGAGGUCCAAGCUCAAGAUGCCCAAAUUCAACUUCUCCAAGCAGAAGGGCCGGGUGGGCUCCCCCGAGGCCGCGUCCGGCUCCGCGUCCGGCUCCAAGGGCAGCCUGGAGGGCGAGCCCGAGCCCGAGGCGCCGGCGGGCAGGGCCAAGUUCUCGCUGUUCCGCGGCAGGAAGGCGCGCGGCCGCGCUUGUCGUCCUUCAGCGAGGCCGAGCCCGAGCGCGGCCGCCCCGCGGCAAGUUCGGGACCUUCGGGGGCAUCGGCUCCCGGGGCAAGGGCAGCUACGAGGUGACCCCGGGCACGAGGACGGCGCGGGGGCACCAGGGUCACCGCCCCAGCCCGCCCGGCUCGUCGUCAUCGCCGUCGUGCCGUCCGAGGGCGGCGCCCGCGCCGGGGUCCGGCUGCCCGGGCUGGAGCUGGCGGCGGCCAAACGCAAGGAGUGA